UUUCAAUUUCAACGAAACACAACUAACAAGGAACUUCUUCGAUCUCUCCAAUCAAACUAAGCAGGAAGAAUCCUAAAAUGAAGGCUUUCGUUUGUGUGUUGGCAGUUUUGGUAGCAACCUGCUCCGCCGGAUUUAUUGGCGGCGGUGGUGUUGGAGGCGGCGGUUAUGGUGGAGGCGGCUAUGGCGGUGGCGAUCAUGGCCAUGGCGGCUCUGUACAAACCGUCAAGGUUAUCCAUGCUGAAGGCGGUGCUGCCGGUGGUGGCGGUCAUGGAGGUUAUGGUGGUGGCCAUCAUCAUGGUGGUGGUGCAGCCCAAACUGUUAAAGUGAUCCAAGUUUCCGGUGGCUCUGCUGGUGGUUACAGUGGUGGUCAUGGCCAUGGACAUGGUCAUGGUGGUGCUGUACAAACCGUCAAAGUUAUUCAUGCUGAAGGUGGUCACAGUGCCGGCGGUCAUGGAGGCCAUCAUCAUGGUGGUGCUGGUGCUGCCCAAACUGUUAAAGUAAUUCAAGUUAAUGGUGGCUCUACCGGUGGUUAUAGCGGCGGUCAUGGUCAUGGCCAUGGUGGUGCAGUACAAACCGUUAAGGUUAUUCAUGCUCAAGGUGGUGCCGCUGCUGGUGGACAUGGACAUGGUCACGGUCAUGGUGGUGCUGUUAAAACCAUUAAAGUUAUCCAUGCCGAUGGCGGUCAUGGUGGUCACGGUGCUCCUGCUCCUGCUCCCGAAGUCAAGACCAUUAAGGUUGUGCACCAACAAGCCGCUCCCGCUCAUUCCCAUGGCGAAGAAAAGGUCAUUAAAGUUGUCCAUGAACAAGCUGCUCCCGUCCAUUCCCAUGCCGAAGAAAAAGUCAUCAAAGUUGUCCAUGAACAAGCCGCACCCGUCGAUCAUGGUCAUGGUGGUGCCGAAGAAGUUAAAACCAUCCAAGUAAUCCAUGAACAGGGUGGCGCUGCUGCUGGCGGUGAUGGUGGUUACUCUUACGGUGGCGGUGCCGAAGAAGUCAAGACAAUUCAAGUUGUCCAUGAACAAGGUGGCGCCCAAGGCGGCUAUUCAGCUGGCGGUGCUGGAGGUUUCGAUGAUUCUUUGGAAACUUUGAAAUCCCUCAAGGUUAUCGGUGCCUUGGGAGGUCAUGGUGGUGCUGGCGGUUACGGCAGUGCCGGUGCCUCCCAUGGCUGGCAAUAAGCCAGUAAUGAACUGUGAUCCAUUGCAAAACUUUCGAAUAGUCCAAUUACCCAUUCAACACGCUAUCAAAACUCCAAACAUUAGUUUAAUUUAGUUAUUUAAGUUCCAUUCAUGCAUUUUAUUGUAAAUAAAAACAUCAAA